AUGAUCACGUCAAUGGAAAUGGAAGCAGCAGCCGCCGGCAAGCUGAAUGUGUUGCUGUUCCCGUGGCUGGCGUUCGGCCACAUGAUCCCGUUCAUGGAGUUCGCCAAGCGCCUGGCGGCGAGGGGCCACGCCGUCACCUUCCUCUCCACGCCGAGGAACGUCGCCAGGCUGCCGCCCGUGCCGGCGGACCUGUCGCCCCGCUUGCGCCUCGUGGCGCUGCCCGCGCCCGUCGUGGAGGGCCUGCCCGAGGGCGCCGAGUCCACGGCCGACGUGCCGCCGGAGAAGCAGGAGCUGCUCAAGAAGGCGCUCGACGGCCUCGCCGCCCCGUUCGCAGCGUUCCUCGCUGACGCCGUCGCCGACGGUGGGAGGAGGCCCGACUGGAUCAUCAUGGACUUCUGCCACCACUGGCUCCCCGCGAUCGCCGAGGCGCACGGGGUGCCGUGCGCCAUGUUCCUGAUAUUGCAGGCGGCCUGGAUCGCGUUUAUGGGGCCGCGGUCGGCGAACGCCGCGCAUCCGCGCACGACGGCGGAGGACUUCACCGUGCCGCCAAGGUGGCUGCCGUCGUUCCCUCCCGCCAUCGCUUACCGCUGCCACGAGGCCGACUGGCUCCUCGCCGCGUUCCAGCCCAACGCGUCCGGGGUGUCCGACUUCGACCGCUUCUGGCAGGCAAUGGAUGGCACCCGCCUCAUCAUCUACCGCAGCUGCGAGGAGGUCGACGUGCCCGGGGUGUUCCCCAUCCUCACCGAUCUCUUCCAACAGCCGGCCGUCCCCGCCGGGGUCUUGCUGCAGCCUGUACUCGACGACGACGACGACCAUGACUCCUCCAUAUCAGUAUCAGGGGCACGUCCCGAGGUCCUUCAAUGGCUGGACAAGCAGACACCCAAGUCUGUCAUCUACGUAGCGCUGGGAAGCGAGGCGCCGCUGACCGCGAAGACCCUCCAUGAGCUCGCGCUGGGCCUUGAGCUCGCCGGCGUCCGCUUCCUGUGGGCUUUCCGCAAGCCGGCCGGCAUGUCCGCACCCGGCACCGACGACGACGUGGGCGAGCUGCUGCCUGCCGGGUUUGAGGACCGGACGCGGGGGCGCGGCCUGGUGUUCCCCGGGUGGGUACCCCAGGUGCGGGUGCUCGCGCACGCCGCGGUGGGCGCGUUCCUGACGCACUGCGGCUGGGGCUCCACCAUCGAGGGCCUCGUGUUCGGACACCCGCUGGUGAUGCUCCCGUUCGUCGUUGACCAGGGCCUCAUCGCCCGGACGAUGGCGGAGCGCGGCGUCGGCGUGGAGGUGGCGAGGGACGAGAGCGACGGCUCGUUCGACAAGGACGGUGUCGCGGAGGCCGUGCGACGUGUCGUGCUGGAGGAGGACGGCAAGGUGUUCGCGAGCAACGCGAUGAAGCUCAAGGAAGCUCUUGGCGACCAGCGACGGCAGGAUCGGUACAUGGACGACCUUGUAGGGUACCUUACACGCUACAAGGGCAACGACUGGGUAACUACACUUCCUGACUGUGUCUAUCCAAGAUAA